AUGUUAUUGCUGCCUUUAUCUUUUCUUUCUUUCUUUCUUUCUUUCUUUCUUUCUUUCUUUCUUUCUUUCUUUCUUUUUAUCUUUCGUUAUUUCUCUCUUGCUUUAUUCUUUCUCUUUUCUUUCAUUAUUUCUUUCUUAUUUUCUUUGUUUCUUUGUUUCUUUCUGCCUUUCUUUCUUUCUGCCUUUCUUUCUUCUUCCUUUCAUCAUGUAUUCUUUCUUUUUGUCACUAAAAACAAACGACUGAACAGCGUGAGACCAAGCAGGCACCUAUCUAUCUAUCUAUCUAUCUAUCUAUCUAUCUAUCUAUCUAUCUAUCUAUCUAUCUAUCUAUCUAUCUCACGUAAGACCAAGCAGGCAUCUAUCUAUCUAUCUAUCUAUCUCAGUCUGUUCAUUUCUAUCUAUCUAUCUAUCUAUCUAUCUAUCUAUCUAUCUAUCUAUCUAUCUAUCUCAGUCUGUUCUCAUCUAUCUAUCUGCUUUCAUAGUUAUCAAUAUCAGCCUCUUAUCUAUCUAUCUAUCUAUCUAUCUAUCUAUCUAUCUAUCUAUCUAUCUAUCUAUCUCAUGAACAGCGUGAGACCAAGCAGGCACCUAUCUAUCUAUCUAUCUAUCUAUCUAUCUAUCUAUCUAUCUAUCUAUCUAUCUCAGUCUAUUCAUUUUUAA